AUGGCCAAUUUUUCAAGAGUAGCUGAAAUCUUUGAACAAGCCUCUGUCGCCUUCGGUCGUCUAGCACAGCUUACUAUAGACCUUAAACAAUUUCAAGCACAACAGAAUGAUGGAGAUUCUAAAACGUGUGGAAAAUGGUCACAAAAAGAAAUUGAUGAUCUUAAAGCGGCUAUUUCACGUUUCGGCGCAGAUUUAUCAAAGAUUGCUGAGGCUGUUGAAACCAAAACAAUUAAUCAGAUAAAACAGAAGUUGAAAACUCGUGCAUUUCAGGAUGCAGGGCUUGGAGAUAUUUCCUUUGAUAAUGAGGCGGGGGAUACACAAGUGAAACAGGAAACUACAGCACAGAACACUGUCUCAGUAGAUCGUGGAAGGCGGAAACAAGCGUUGAAUCAAAUAACUGAAUCAGUUGAUGUGCGUCAUCCUCCCAAGAGGCGCCGGUCAAACGAUUCUGAUGAAGACUAUGCGCAUUAUGAUGAUACUACUGCAGAAGCAGACAAUAUUAAUACUGAGAAGAAAUUUCGACACGCGCUAACAAUGAAAAUACAACAACGCCAACACCUCAAAAUGAUGCGACUGCUGCCAAUACUACUACUACUACUACUAAUAACACCAAUAUUAGUAAAUCCCCUACCACCAUUCACGGCGACUACUAAUACUACUAGUAAUACCAGUGCUAGUAGUAAUAUUAAUUCUAAUGUUAUAAGUUUUGAUGGUCGUCAUUUGAUGAAAACAGACCGUGUUGGCUUGACGAGUUCAAAUUAUGAUCCGAGCGAAUCAAAGUAUGAAGAUUAUGAUAGUGAAGAAGAUAGCGAUUUCGGUGGAAAUGAUGAUUGUACACCACCAGGAGACGAUUACGAGUCAAAUGACGAACAUGAUGAAGAAGAUGAAGGAGGAAGAGUGUAGGAAGAGGAUGUGAGAGGAAAAGUGUUAAAGUCCAGUUGGUUGAUCGGUCAGUCAACAAUGCGAAGACGAAUAAGCUGAAUUCAAAUUUUGAUACAUUCGUGUUCUUCUUUUUUGUUGUUGUGUGUACAUAGAUUGUUAUGAACUUCUUAUUUCUUGUAUAUCAAUAUAACACUCAUUCAUUGAAUAAAAUAUAAUUGUAUUUCCUAUUCUUAUUUAUUAUGCUUUAGUCUUCAUAUAUAUGAA